AUGUGUGCUCAACAGGAGUUGCCAAAGUAUAUUCCAACAAAUCAUGGUGGCCACCUUACAACAUCUUUGACAACAACAAUGCAUGUGGAAAGUUAUGGUCACUGGAAUGAGAUGUUGGAAUCAACAUAUGUUAAACGCUUGCAAGAUAUUCGUUUGGGUGCAGCUCAACCUCUUACAGUAUCAGAUUGGAGGAAUAAGCUCAAAGGACAUAAGGAAACAUGGGAACUCAAAUCUAUGAGGGAACAGUGA